AUGACUGUACAACAAUUCUACCUUCUAGGAGAGCCCGCGUCCUCUGCGAGAGAUGUCGAUGUCGAAGACACGCUGGCCAUCGAUGAUGUGAAAGACUUGAUUGCAUCUCACUUCGCUAUUGUCAGCCCCAAUGGCAUUGGGUUCCAAUCCAAAGAUGACAAUUUCCUACUCGAGGUCUCAGACAUACUUGCCGCAGGGAGCCCCGUGGCCAUCACCAUCGACGGACACGAGGUGCGCGAUCCACCAGCGCCCAACGGACUUCCGUAUGUUGGCAAUUACUUCGAAGUUUAUCCCGACCACCUCGGAAAUCACCAACGUCUUUUUGAGCAACUUGGACCUUUGAUCAAGACGAGCACCAUGGGACGCACUAUUUACCAAACGAACGAUCCGGAGAUUUCAGCUAUUGUGUUCUCCGAGUCCGAUUUCUUCACCAAAAAGAUCAACGAGGCACAUCCUCUUGCCGCUCUCAAAACACCCGCUGCUGGAGUCUUCUUGGGAGAUACCGAUACACCAGAGUGGAAGGUUGCCCAUAAAUUCCUUCCUCCUGCACUUGGCCCUAAAGCUGUUCGACACUACGCUCCCACGAUGCAGAAGACUGUUGAAGAUGCAUUCCAGGUGUUCGAUGCUUUUGAUCAACAAGGCGAAGCUUGGAAUGUCUAUCAAUAUAUGCUCAAACUCGGGUCACAAGCAGUUGGAAAGCUUACUCUCGGACUGGACUUUGAACACUUUACUUCUCCCGAUGCUCCGCUGCAUGAAAUGGUCCAUCUGAUCGCUGAAAUUCUUUCUCUGAACAAGAAGGUCACCUCCAAAGGUGAUUGGUAUGCCAUGUUACCAUUCGGGGACCCUCAGAAAUUGAAGCGCUCAAAGACUCGCGUGGAAGACUUGGUGGAACAAUCAAUCAAAAACGCUGCGCGAGGGGGCGUUGAAGAUUUGCCUUUACAGGAUGCUGCACUGAAAGCUACAAACAUGGUUGACUAUGCCAUUCGCGCGACGGAUAACAAAGGCGAGAAACUACCAAAGUCAAGCCUCGUAUGGGCACUUGUGGUAGCAACUGGUGCUGGGUUCACCACUACGAGCUCCCUCCUAUCGUGGUUGAUCUAUGGACUUGUCACCUAUCCAGGAAUGCAGGAAAGGCUCCUCCAGGAAUUAAUCGACAAUGACAUUGACGACACCACCGAAAUUACAGCAGAUGUGACCGAGCGUCUUGACUUCCUCGAUAAGUAUAUCAAGGAAACACAGCGACGACACAACCCCUCAUUCCAACCGGGUCGAACUGCCAAGACAGACCUGGUCCUGCCAGGGGGCUACAAGUUACCCAAGGACGCCGUUGUGAUUCCAGCAUUGCAUCACAUCCACAAUAACCCUGCCCUUUGGGACAAUCCAAACAGAUUUGAUCCUGACAGAUGGGACACAGAUGCCGUGAAAUCCAGGCACAAGGCAGCUUAUAUCCCUUUUGCCGCUGGCCCGCGAAUGUGCAUUGGGUUCAAUUUCGCCCUCCAGGAAGUCAAGGUGUUCCUUCCGAAGCUGAUUUAUCGAUACAAAUUCAGUCGAGAGGGAGACGGGCCUAUCGAGUAUGAUCCGAUGUUCCAGUUGAUCAGGCCAAACAAUCUAUAUGUUCGUGCCGAGAGACGAGUCAAAUGGCCCCCCAAGACGGAGAAAUGA